UCCAUGAAACUGAAAGAUGUGUCUAUCUCUCUCAAUCCCUGUUCUCUUCUCCUUCCAAGAAACAAACCGACUUAUAGUUACCCUUCUCUGUCCCCGUUAUUUUUUCCCUUUCGUCUCUUGAUCAAAUCCUGAAACGAAACCCUAAUUUUUUCUCCUUUUAAUUACUCUCCACAGAAAGAUUUGACCCAGACUCUAAUAUGCAGUUCAAGCCUAACCAAAUUAAUACCAUGAACACCCAAUUAUAUAACCCAUAAUUGUUUUCUCGAUUUCAGUCUUGUUUUGUGUUCAGAAUUUGAAACUUACCUACAAGAAUAGAGAGGGGAAAAGGAUUAUAGUGUCGGGUUUCAAGCCAUGGCGAACGGUACGGAUUCAGAGGAUAGAUUUGUGGUAUUAUCAAAGAUCCGGACAGGUGUGAAGAGGGAGUUCGAGUUUGCUUGGAAGGUUCAAUCGGAGAUCUGCGGGCCACUGGGGAGAACCCGGUCCAAGAAGUUGCAGGAUAAUGUGGAUUCGGGCCAUCAGUUGGUUUCUCCGCCGCGUAAGAAGUUGAAGACUUAUGUAUCCAGGAGGAAAAGGAAAGAAGAAGCGAAGGGUGUUGAUGUGGUGAAGGAUCUUGAUAAAGAGACAGAGGUUAUGAGUGAAGAAGAGGCGAAAAGUGACGUGGUCGAUGCAGUCAAGGUUGAGAGUAUUUCUAAUGUUGGUGGUGUAAUACCUAAUCCCAGUUGUGAGGAGGAAUUAAUGUGUGAAGAUGAGAUAGAGAGGGAAGAAUUAUGUAAGAAUGAUGGUGAAAAAGCUUUUGUUUACGAGAAGGAGGUUUUAGUCAAUGUGGAAGAGGGCAAGGGCGAAAAUAAUCAUAUAGAAGAGACCAAGGGCCAAAAACAUCACGAAGAAGUGGGCAAAGGUGAAAAUCAUGAUGAAGAGGGUAAACAUGAAGCCAAAGAGGCGGCAAUUGAGGAGCAGAAAAGUAAGGGGUGCGAUGAAGUGUUAAUGGAUGUAGAGGAAGAUAAGAGUGAAAAAGCAGUCGAAGAGAAAGAAACUGAGAACGUAGUAGUUGGCGUUGAAGCAGAGAAAAAGGAGACAGGAAAUACAGUAGUUAGUGUAGAAGAGGAGAAAAAGAAUGGUACUGAAAAUGUAUCAGAUGGUGUCUUAGAGGAGAAAAAGACUGAGACUGAUGGGGGAUUUGUGGAGGAUGGAUUGGUAGAAGGGGAUUUGAAGGCAAAAGUGUUGAGUAAUAUGUGCAAUGAAGGGUCUGGUAGCUUAUGUGAAGCAGGGUCUGGUGCAGCAGAACCUAUUGUGGUUGGCGGUAAUGAAGAUGUUAAGGUAUUGAAUGGGGUUGGUGAGAGGCCUUUGAGGAGGUUUACCAGAUCAAUGCUACAGCAGAAGGUGGAGUCAGAGAAGACAGAGAGUGGUAUAAAGGAUGAAAGCGAUCAUGGAGCGGCUAGUCCAUUGAUUACUACUCCAAUGAAUCAAGACAGUGCAAUGAAGUCAAAGAAGGUCACGAGAAAGUUUUAUACCAAGUUGAAAGCUUUUCUUGAGUCAGGUAUACUUGAAGGAGUGCCUGUAAGAUACAUUCGUGGCUCCAGGGUAAGAAGUCCUGGUGUUUUGGGGCUUCGAGGAGUGAUUAAGGGUUCUGGGAUAUUGUGUUUCUGUGGUGAUUGUAAUGGGAAUGAAGUUGUUACCCCUGGUGUGUUUGAGAUGCAUGCUGGUAGCACAAAUAAGCGCCCACCAGAGUAUAUUUAUCUGGAGAAUGGCAAGACACUUCGUGAUGUGAUGAAUGUUUGCAAAGACUCACCAUUGGAAACCUUGGAGGAGACUGUCCGUAUGGUUAUUGGUUCUUCUAGGAUUAAGUCUGGUUUUUGUUUGAACUGCAGAGGUUCUAUCUCUGAGGUUGGUACAGAGAAGAUGCUACUGUUAUGUAAUUCAUGCCUGAAAUUGAAGGAUCCUGAAGCUGUUGUUGCUGGUUUGACUGAGAGUAGUGAUAGAUCUCCAGAACCAAGUUCAGCCCAAAAGUCAUCCUACAGUGUGGUGAAGAAUAGUAGUUCAUCAAGAAGUCAGGGAAGAGUAACUAGGAAGGAUCUGCGGAUGCAUAAAUUGGUUUUUGAGGAAGGUGGCUUGCUAGAUGGAACUGAACUGGCAUAUUUUGUUCGUGGUCAGAAAUUGCUUGUUGGAUACAAAAUGGGAGCUGGAAUAUUUUGUUCUUGCUGCAAAUCUGAGGUGAGCCCCUCACAGUUUGAAGCACAUGCUGGUUGGGCUAGUCGUCGUAAACCCUUUCAACACAUCUACACAUCCAAUGGAGUUUCUCUCCAUGAAUAUUCUAUAAAAUUAUCCAAAGAACGGAAGUUCUCUACUAAAGAGAAUGAUGACCUUUGUGGCAUUUGUAUGGAUGGAGGGAAUCUAUUAUGUUGUGAUUCAUGUCCGAGGGCUUUCCACAAAGACUGUGUCUCUUUACCUGCAAUUCCGAAGGGUGCUUGGUACUGUAGAUAUUGCCAGAACACAUUCCAAAAAGAAAAAUUUGUGGAGCAUAAUGCUAAUGCAAUAGCUGCUGGAAGGGUCCUAGGAAUUGAUCCUAUAGCACAGAUAACCAAUCGGUGUAUUCGGAUCGUUGGAACUCCUGAGACUGAAUUAGGUGGAUGUGUUUUAUGCAGAGGACGUGAUUUUUGCAAGUCAAGAUUUGGUCGUCGCACGGUUAUACUUUGUGAUCAGUGUGAGAGAGAAUAUCAUGUUGGCUGUUUAAAGGAUCAUGGAAUGGAAGACCUUCAGGAGUUGCCAAAAGGAAAGUGGCUCUGUUGUGCAGAUUGCAAAAGAGUUAACUCUGCUUUGCAGAAGUUGGUUGAUCGCGGUGAGGAGAAACUUCCAGACACUUAUCUAAAUGUCUUAAAAAAGAAGAAUCUAGAAAAUGCUCUAGAUUGUGGGCCUGAUUUUGAUGUUAGAUGGAGGGUUCUUAGAGGGAAGAAUAUGGAUGCUUCUGACGGUACUAGAUUGUUGCUUUCCAAGGCAGUUUCUAUAUUCCAUGAUCGAUUUGAUCCGAUCAUUGAAUCUCAAUCUAAACUCGACCUCAUCCCAUCAAUGGUUUAUGGGAGAAGUCAUAGGGGACAAGAUUACCAUGGGAUGUAUUGUGCGAUAUUGACAGUAAACCAAGUUGUUGUUUCGGCUGGAAUCUUCAGGAUUUUUGGGCAGGAACUGGCGGAGCUACCUCUGGUUGCAACUAGUACAGAAUGUCAAGGCCAGGGUUAUUUCCAGUGUCUUUUCUCUUGUUUUGAGAAGCUACUUGGCUUCUUAAACGUGAAGACUCUCGUACUUCCAUCAGCCAUUGAAGCGCAAACUAUCUGGACUAAUAAGUUUGGUUUCAACGAGAUGAGCCAAGACGAGCAAAACAAGUACAGAAAUGACUAUCCUUUGAUGAUCUUCCAAGGAACAUCAAUGCUCAAGAAGCCGGUCCCAAAGUGUCGAAUUUUUAGCAAAUCAGUUAGUUGAAAGUGAGAAUGAAUUUUUUGUGAAGAAUGAGAAAUGAUGUUAUUUUUGUCGAUCGGUUUUCCUAGAAAAUGUACAGGAGUCCAUUGUUUUUCCAUGUACAGUAAAUGGUGGUAAAGUUUGUUUAAUAUUUAUUUACUUGCAGAGUUAUGGGGUAGUUGAUAUGGAUUGGAAGGGGUGUUUGCCCAAUUUUGAAAUCUGUGUAUUGGUCCAUCUAAUCUCACCUUGAACUAUCAAUGAGUUUAAAUAGAAGAGAAGCAUUUUUGUCUCUUUAUA